GUGCAUGUACACAGUAUGCUAAGGAGGGAUCUGAGUCCUCAAGGGGCUGGCGUUGGCCCACUAGACAAAAGGCUAGCCAAAAGGCUUCUCUGCUUGCCAACAGUAGUGCGUGAUCAGCACAUGGCUAACCGCCCCUGGGUGGGGCUACAGCUCCUGCUACGUCACAUGUGGGGCGGGACUUACUGGCUUAAAAGGACAGCGCUGUGGAAGAUGCAGCAAGAGAAACUGGUCUCAAUAGAGAGUAGUGAUCCGAGAGCUACAAAACCCUACACAGCAGUACCGGACAACUAUUCCUUUGGGUUGGCUAUCCCAAGCAUUUUGACCCAAUAUGGAAACCAUCCACGAACUGAUCCCAUUUGCCAAAGAGAUGCUGAGCCAGAAACCCAACAGAAAAAUGGUGAAAAUCUACGUGUUGGGCAGUGUGUUAGCCUUUUUCGGAGUGGUCAUUGGGCUGGUGGAAACAGUGUGCAGUCCUUUCUCUGGUCGGGAGGACACAGAGGAAGAGGAGAGAAAGAAUCAAGUGGUUCCAUUACCAGUGCCAGUUCCCCAAACAAAACAGGAGGUGAUCUUUGAAAAAAGAAAGCCUCACAGCCUUGGGGCAAGAAGCAUUGCAAACCGGGGACAUGCAUCCUAAGGGCGCACUCUGUGAGGAAAAAGACUGAAAGUGGAAGUUUUGAGUCAUGUAAAGAAAGGAUGUGAGCGAUUGCCUGUGAAUGUGACUGUAUCGAGAUGUUGAAACCUUCUGGACUUAUUUAUGGCUAUUGCUGCUGUGCAGCUGUGCACAUAUUCCUGUAUUGUACCCGUAUGGUGGUACUGAAUGUGUCAAACUACCAGCUAACCCUUACUUUUUAUAUUAUAAAUACCUACUAUAUUUUGCUUUAAAAUAAAUACUCUAUUUUAUUAUAGAA